ACUUGAUUAACAAACCAAGUCCCAAACAGCCCCCAGCUAAUCCACCAUGUUAGCAUUAUCACCGCCUUUGGUGUCAUCCAACGGAUGUUAUAACUUAGAGAAUAGCGUAGGCAAUGACCACAACUGUGUGCACGGAGACCCCGAGAUAAUGGAGUCAGUGAUCCAUUUCUCUACAUAUCAGACACAAACCGUGAAGCUUGACACGGCGAGAGCACCAACAGCUAUUUCUGGUGAUUCCAAAAUGUCUAAGAAGCAUUUUCAUAAUGCUAGCGAGCGUGAUCGUCGUAAGAAGACGAAUGGUUUCUACUCCACUCUCCGUUCACUGCUUCCAGGGGUGGAUGAAAUGAAGAAGUUAAGCAUUCCGGCCACAGUUUCACGGGUGGUAAAAUACAUACCAGAGCUACAAGAGCAAGUGUUGGGGCUGAUUCUAAAGAAGGAAGAGCUUUUGUCCAGGAUUUCUGGGCAAGAUGAUCAUCAUGAAACUCGUCAAGAGAAGCAACCAAAAAGCAUAGCUUGGAGCUCGUUGUCAACUGUUUCGGCAAGUCAACUCGAUGAUCGAGAAGCUGUGAUUCAAAUAUCCACACAUACGGUCCACAAGAAUGCAUUAUCUGAGAUCCUUGUCAAUUUAGAGGAGGAUGGACUUGUACUGCUAAACGCAUCAUCCUUUGAGUCCUUUGAAGGGAGGGUCUUUUGUAAUUUACAUCUUCAGGUCGAAAGAACGGAAAGAUUGGAGUGCGAGAGUCUAAGUGAGAAACUCAUGUCACUGCACGACAAGAGGGAAGCUCUGCUUCCAUGAUUCUACAUAAUUUUAACCGUUGAAAUCAUAACUUCUUAUGUGCUUUAGAUAUUUUAACUAGACAACUGGCCAUUGUACAGACUACAUAAGUAAGUAGCUAGAUGUGCACUCUUGUAGCUUAAGCAUGUAACAAAGUGUAAGGCAGAUUUGCUUGACCUGGCCUUUAUAAAGAAGGCAGUAUCUUUUCCCUUCAAAAUGAAAGAUGUUGAUGUAGAUUUUUGCAUAGCCAGACUGGACGGUGGGUACUUGCAAAAUAAGAGAAGACUACCAGGGGCUAGUGGGGAUCCUCUGAUGGUAAGCCAAUAAUGACCAUGAAAGAGAGGCUCAAUCAAGACUAUAUGUAGGUUGUGGCCUGAAGGUAUACCCGUUUUUGGGGUUUGUGACAAUUUUUAUGUGAAGCUCCCUCAAGGUGGUCCGUAAUAGUUACCUGAUUAUAUAUUUGCCACGUAGUGGGCUUGUUUGAGUUGGGGCCAUUCAUUAUUUAUGUCUAUUGUUAUGCAAAUAUCUACCUAAAUAAAUAGGUAAAUAAAUGUA